AGUAACAAAAAUGUGUGAUCCCAUUAGCGUAUGAAUAGAACACUCCCAUAAUCCCAUUACCCACGUCUACUGAAAACAAAGAGAUAGGUGUGCUAACAAUGAAAAGAAAAGAAAAGUAUGGAAAAACCCCAACUCUUGUAAAUUUUGGGAUAUUCUGUUUGCCAAGAGCAAAGCCAAAUUCUUCAAAGAAAAUGAAAAUGGAGAAAGGAAGUUUACAUAGUAUGAGAAAAUGGAAAAAUCCCAGCUCUGUCCUAAAGUAUUCACAAAUCAAUGGUUUGGCCAUAUCCCUCCAACAAAAGGUGAGAGUGAGAUUACCCAAGUGUCUUGUUGUCAAGAACCGUAUGCAAAAAACUGAAAAGGGUGCCAAGGGGAGAAAGAAGAAAAUCAAAUGGGCUAAACCUGCAGGAUUUCUGCCAAAGGAAAUUGGUUCAAUUUUCUGUAAUGCUUCUCGCAACAAGAAACCAUUUCAAAGUGACACUUCAAGCUCUAAAAAUGACAGACAUGAUGAACCUGACGCUUUGGACGAAUGCAUGGAAGAACGAGAUCAACUGAUCAUCUCCGGGAAGAAAGGCAACAUGUUUAAGACUUUGUUGGAAGAUUCAGUGGAGCGCCUAACACUGAGUAAGUCAUGUUCAUUCAAAAGGAUAUUGAGCAUCAUAGAUACAAAGGGGAAGCAAUUAAAAGUGAAUGAUGAAGAGAAUUCAGAAAUAUCAACUGGCAGUGGAAAGCAACCAUGGAUUUUACCCCGAAAUCUUUCAGGGCUCUUCAAGUUCAGGUUCAGAAAGAAGAUCGGAUUUUGCUUCACAAACUGGAAGACCAACAAAUCAGAUCCUGGAACAGACUUUGAAAGUGCAGACUAUGGUGCUGUAAAUAGUGCAGAGACGGAGGCAAUGUCGAAAACCAUUAACUGGGAAUCAACCAAGAGGCAGCCUGCUGGUUACUGCAUCAUUAGAAGACUGAAAUCCAUACACAAGAAAGAGGUGAAAAGGGAGAGAGAAUGCAAACAUGAGGAUGAGGAAGAACAAGAAAUAGUUGAACUGGAAUUAUGCAAGAAAAGAAUACUCAUGGGAGGAAAAUGUCGACCACUGAGUGCAUCCGGCAGCCUUCACUACGAUCGGAAUGGCAUUCUGUUACCAGAACUUUCAUAUCAAGAGUUAUUACCAUUUUGAAGUUGAUCGUGCGGAGCUCAUUUCUGCACAAUUUUAGGUUAUUUGUAAACUCUUUUCUCCUCCCCGUAUGUCAGCUGUACUGCACAUUUGUGAAGUUUAGACGUUAUUGUAAUUGGCAUCUGUAAAGGACACAAUUGCUGUCUACCUAUUUCUUUAACUAGAUGAAGGAACGCCCGUGCUGCGCACAGGCCCACCAUGACGACUACGAAAUUUAUUUCAUGUAUGAAUAUGCAGAACCAAUAGGAAAAAUUUCAUUGAUUCCCUUCUUCUCUUUUUUUUUUUUUUUUUUUUUUUUUUUUUAAGCAGUAUAAGGAAAGUGAAAAGGAUAAUGAAAA